AACAAAACAGCCGCUGCUUGCCUGCUUAACGAGUUACGACUUCCCGACGACUGUUCUUUCAGAGGCCUUAUCGCCGGCGACCACCCUACUGUUUAUCUACUUUUGCUUGGCGUACCCAUACACAUACCCUAGAUUUUCUCCAAAGAAUUUCCUUGCAUUUUCCCUAAGAAUCUUCGUUUUUCUCACACAAUUCUUAAAAUUUAGGGUUGUGCGGAAGGGCUAAAAGAUGGUGUUCGGUCAGGUGGUUAUCGGUCCUCCGGGCUCCGGCAAGACCACUUACUGCAAUGGCAUGUCGCAGUACCUUCAACUCAUCGGGAGGAAAGUCGCUAUUAUUAACCUAGACCCUGCAAAUGAUUCAUUGCCAUAUGAUUGUGCAAUCAACAUUGAGGAUCUUAUAAAACUCAGUGAUGUGAUGAAUGAGCACAAUCUUGGUCCUAAUGGAGGUCUUGUUUAUUGUAUGGAUUACUUGGAGAAAAAUAUCGAUUGGUUGGAAUCUAAAUUGAAGCCACUUCUGAAAGAUCACUAUUUUCUCUUUGAUUUCCCUGGCCAAGUAGAACUAUUCUUCCUUCACUCAAAUGCAAAAAAAGUCAUCAUGCAACUUAUCAAAAAACUUGAUCUUCGGUUGACAGCUGUCCACUUAAUAGAUGCACACCUGUGUAGUGACCCUGGGAAAUACGUGAGUGCAUUGCUUCUCUCACUAUCAACAAUGUUGCAUAUGGAAUUGCCACAUGUCAAUGUUUUAUCAAAGAUUGAUCUUAUUGAGAACUAUGGAAAACUAGCCUUCAAUCUUGAUUUUUACAUGGAUGUUCAAGAUUUAUCUUAUUUACAACAUCAUCUUGAUCAAGAUCCCCGAUCUUCUAAGUAUAGAAAACUUACAAAGGAACUGUGUGAAGUGAUUGAAGACUUUGGAUUGGUCAAUUUCACUACUUUGGCUAUUCAGGAUAAAGAGAGUGUUACAAAUCUUGUGAAAUUAAUAGACAAAACAAAUGGUUAUAUAUUUCAAGGGAUUGAUGCUACUGCAGUUGAAUUCAGCAAAAUUGCUAUUGCUCCAACAGAUUGGGAAUACUAUAGAACAGCAGCAGUGCAAGAGAAGUACAUGAAAGAUGAUGAUAAUUUUGAUUCUGAUGAUUGAUUCAAGAUGUGAUCUUUUUUUUUUUUAUAUAUAUUUUCUUAUGAUACAUGGAAGUAGUAUCAAGAUAUGUAAUUUGUACUUUGGUUUAUAAAAUUUUGUGUUCUUUUUUUUUU